UUUCUUCCUUAAACUCUACAUUUUCCUUCUUCAUUCUCAAACAAACAAAGAAGAGAUUUCUCCUUCUUUGUUUCUUUUUCUUUUUAGCAUUAAUUCUUCUUUUUAUCUCUUGGUCAUGGCUUGUGCAUCUCAGUCCAUGAUAUGUGCUAGCAGCUAUGCAUUCUCUUCUCAUACUUGUUUUGGGAGGCCUAGAACCAUCAAGUCCAGGCCUUUCUCAGUCUUUGCUUCUUCAGAUGAAUCUGAUUGCAAUGUUGAAGAGUGUGCUCCUGAUAAAGAGGUUGGAAAGGUUAGCAUGGAAUGGUUGGCUGGAGAAAAGACUAAGGUAGUCGGAACUUUUCCGCCUCGGAAAAGGGGAUGGACUGGUUAUAUCGAGAAAGAUACUGCCGGACAAACAAACAUAUACUCUGUCGAGCCAGCAGUUUAUAUUGCCGAGACUGCGAUCAGUUCAGGUGCAGCAGGCACAUCGUCAGAAGGAGCGAAGAACACUGUGGCCAUUGCUGCCGGAUUGGCCCUCGUCUCUAUUGCUGCAGCAUCAACAAUUCUAGUCCAAUUGGGUAAGAAUACUCCAAUUCAAACUUCAGAUUACUCUGGCCCUCCUUUGAGCUACUACAUCAACAAGUUCCAGCCGAGCAACACCGUAGAAGCCUCGGUCCCUUCCGAGCCUCAAUCUGUUACAGUUGAAGCUUCAGUUCCUUCUGAGUCUCAAUCUUCUUCAACCAUUCCAUCAUCUUCAGAAUUAAAAUUAGACAGGAAUGAAGCAUCAGUCCCCGAAGUUGAAGUGAAGUUGAAUGAGUUUGUUGAAACUGAUCAAAGUUUAAGCAGCGUUUCUUGAGUAUGCAAUGACUUUUGUUUGCCAUUUUGUAAUUCAUAACACUCUGUGAUGCCAAUUGACAUUUGGCUACAAGUAUAGUUUUGAGAGGCUAAAAUGCAAACAUAAUUCAAUCCACAUUAUAUACAUGUUCUUAUUUUAAGAGAGACCAUAUUUCUCCUA